AAAAACCAAACCAAUUAGGGAUAUGAAGCUACAAAUCCUAUUUUUAUAUCUCUCAGUGGCAAACGCCUUCUAUUUUUACAUCCUUGGAGGUGAUAGAAAGUGUUUUUAUAAGGAGUUAUCUCAAGGUACUUUACUCUUAGGGAAAUACAAUGUCGAAGCUUUUGAUCCACAAUUAAAUCAAUUUAAACAAGCAGCUUCAAACGAGCUUGGGAUCAUCAUAGAUGUUGAGGAAGUUUUUGAUGAUAACCACAGAGUUGUCCACCAAAAGGGUUCUCCAACAGGUGAAUUUACAUUUACUGCUAUCGACAGUGGUGAGCACAGAAUAUGUUUCCAACCACAAUCACAAGGAUGGUUAGCCAAGACAAAGACUAAAGUUACUGUUGAUUUCGAAAUUGGUGACCCAGAAACAUUGGAUAGCAAAAAAACGGAACAUGUUCAAUCAUUGACAGGGAAAGUUAAAGCAUUGAAUAAAAAAAUUCUAGAUAUCAGAAGAGAGCAAGAAUUGACCAGAGAAAGAGAGUCCAAAUUUAGAGAUCAAAGUGAAUCUACAAAUUCAAAAGUUGUCAAUUGGUCUAUUAUUCAAUUAGUUGUUUUAGGAGCAACUUGUAUCUGGCAAUUAAAGCAUUUAAGAAGCUUUUUUGUUAAACAAAAGAUUGUAUAA